CACGCCCAAGAUGUCGGUGAGCCUGGGGACAUAGUCGUAGCCGCCACACUCAAAAUGGCCGCCUUCAAUAAGCCACGCCUACACUCUAUUCUCAUUGGACGCGCACGGCACGUACAACCAAUCAGCGUCUUGGUUUCCUUAGGGGACAGAGAAGGCCCUCCCCUUUUCUCUCAGUUCUUCUUUUUCCAAGCCCGAGUUUCCUUAGAAAAGAACCCGACUAGAGUCCUUCGAGGCUUAGUAUGCGCCGCUUAGGCUCUUGCUUGGCGGCGGCGCAGCAGCAGCGCUUCCGGUUCCUCACCCUCGGCACUUCCGGCCGGUUGCGGCCUAGCUGCGUCUCCAUAGCAACCGAAGCCCGCUCGGGCCUAGUCUCCAUGGAGGAAGCCUUGCGCCGCGCGGUGCCUCCGCUGCCGCCUUACGAGGCCCGGGAGAAAGUGGCGGCGCCGGCCGGGGCGGCUCUGGAGCAGCGCGGGGCGGAGUUCGUGGCUUACUACCGGGCCUUGGAAGGGCUCCGUCCGCGGGCAGAGCUGCUCCUCCGCCUGGCCAGGGACUUCGGCGUGGAGCACGGGAAAGUGGCCGAGGCCAGCGCCAGGGUCCUGCGGAGGAUGGUGGGCGAGGAAGGGAAGGGCGACGGCGGAGGCGGCGGCGGAGAGGGCCUCCUCCAGGCCGAGGACCGGCUCCGGCACUGCCUCACCCCGCGCUACAGGGGCCUCUUCCAGCAGCUGGUCCGCCACGAAGGAGGGCUGCGCUUCCUGGUGGAGCUCCGCAGGGACCUGGUCCAAGCCCUGGCCGAGAGGGAGGCAGAAGGGCCCCACCUCCGGGAAAUGAAUGGAGUGCUAAAGAACAUGCUGUCGGAAUGGUUUUCCUUGGGCUUUCUAAACUUGGAACGAGUUACAUGGCAGUCACCUUGUGAAAUACUUCAGAAGAUUAGCGAUAGUGAAGCUGUACAUCCUGUUAGAAAUUGGAUGGAUAUGAAGCGCCGAGUUGGUUCUUACAGAAGGUGCUACUACUUUGCCCAUUGUGCAAUACCAGGAGAGCCAUUGAUUGUUUUGCAUGUUGCACUUACAGACGAGAUUUCCAGCAGCAUCCAGGCCAUUGUGAAAGAAAUUCCUUCUUUAGAAGAGGAAGAUAUGAACAAAAUCACCACUGCAAUUUUCUAUUCAAUCAGUUUGACUCAACAAGGCCUUCAAGGUGUGGAGCUAGGGACAUACCUUAUCAAGCGAGUUGUUAAGGAACUGCAGAUAGAAUUCCCCCAGAUCAAAGUCUUCUCUACACUGUCUCCCAUUCCAGGAUUCACUAAAUGGCUUGUUGGACUCCUUUCCUCACAGUCCAAGGAAAUAGGUAGAAGCAGUCCUUUCACAGAUCCUGAAUAUCAAGAACUCGCCGAGGUCACGGGAGACCCAGCUGUUGAAAUUCUAAAACGCCUGUUAACAAACAAUGAGUGGGUGAAGUCAGAAAGACUGGUCCGAGUCUUACAGCAGCCACUUAUGAGGCUAUGUGCUUGGUAUCUGUAUGGGGAGAAGCACCGUGGCUAUGCGCUUAACCCUGUGGCAAACUUCCACCUUCAGAAUGGCGCGACAUUGUGGCGUCUGAACUGGAUGGCUGACACAAGUCCCCGUGGCAUCACUGCCUCCUGUGGCAUGAUGGUCAACUAUCGCUACUUCUUGGAGGACACGACUAGCAACAGUGCCGCGUACCUUGGAAUGAAGCAGAUCAAGGCCUCGGAGCAGGUCCUCUCCUUGGUCUCUCAGUUUCAGCAAAAUAGCAAACUUUAAAUACAUGUGGCAGCUUGAAGGAGAAAAAUGUCUGUUUUAGUGAAAUGAGGAACUUGGGGUGCUAAUGCAAAGGUAAACCAGUACAUUUUUGUCCCAUCCGAACCCACUUUUGAAUUGUUGGGCUGUUCUUGUUGCCUUGGCAUUCUCUGCCAAGAGAAGGAGAGAUCAUAAUAUUUACAGCAAACAGAAAAGGCUGGGCCAAUUCUCCUUAGUGAAGUGGCAAGCCAGGGAUGACUCCGACGAACUGUGUGUUGUCCCUGGCCUUGCUCACCAAAUCAAUAGUCUUGUUUAAUCCUCAUCUUCAAAAGAGCUUCUGAACACCUGAGUGUCCGAACACAUUAAAGGGAGUAGUAGAUCAAUACGAGAGUUACUGGACAAAAGGGACAAGUGAGGAAAGACUUUUUGUCUGAAUGUGCAAACAAAGCAACAUCCCCGGCAUUUCUCAAUAAGGUUUGUUUUACGCACUCUUUCCCCACUGUUUUUUGCUGAAUUCUUUGAUCAGGCCAUCCGCUUCAGCACAGCACAAAAUGCCACCACCGAGUUAUUGCUUUGCUUGGAUGGAGCUUUGAAACACCUUCAUGUGUGUGCGUUUGUGUACUUUGGCUCCAUCUCAAGUGCUCUCCAGAUGGCAGAUGUGUGGAAUGAAGUGCCUGCAGCUUUACAGUAGCUCCGGUUUUAUUAUUUCACAAGUGAAAUUGGCAGUUCAGAAACUCAAGAGGAAAGAACUGAUUGCAAAAGGCUUUCUAAUGUUUACAGAUUUUUAAACAUACAUGACAAUAUAUUUAAACUUGAAGUUUAAUUCUGAAAAAACCCUAAGCUAUAUUAAAAUAUAUGGUUUACCAUA